UCUGACUGGCGAAUCUCUACUCACUGUCGUGGCAACGGUUACUUAGGUUACGCAUACAACUUACUGGUACUGUACAGCAAGUCUGCGUUUGGGUUUAUGAUUGGAAUGGAAUGGAACGAGGCGGCCUGAAGUAAAACAAGGCAAGAACAGAAAGCAUGACCCGGAAGCACUGAAAAUGCCGUCAACUGAAAACCUGAAUUCAGAGGAAAUCAUAAGAGAGUUGUGUGUGUGCAAUGGCUUCAGUUUUGAGAAGAUCCGUCUGGAUGGACCAGCAACAACAACACUGGAAAUGUUUUUCUCUGGUUACCCCAAGAUGGUGGGGCUUUCCUACUUUCCAAAUCUUACUCAACUCAUUCUUGUCGGACAAAAUAUACAUUGUAUUGCUGGUCUGGAGUCGUGCUGUUUCCUUAAAGAAUUGUGGAUUACGGAGUGCCACCUAAGUAAAAUUCAGGGCCUUCAUUAUUGUGCAGAUUUGCAGAAGCUUUAUCUUUAUCAUAACAAAAUUUCUGUUAUCGAGGGUCUAGAAAACCUGCUCAAGUUGGAAGUGUUGUGGCUGAAUAAUAAUGAAAUUAGGGCAAUAGAGGGAUUAGAUAUGAUGCAGAAUUUAAAAGAGCUUAAUCUUGCCGUCAAUUUAAUACACUCCGUAGGAGAGAGAUUAGAUCCUAAUGUACAACUUGAGAGACUAAAUCUGUCUGGUAACAAAAUAUCCUCUUUCAAGGAACUUACCAAUUUAGCAAGGUUGGCAAAUUUACUGGAUUUGGGCCUGAAGGAUCCACAGUAUGGCCCUAAUCCUGUUUGCCUUCUCUGCAACUAUGCUAUACAUGUAUUAUAUCACAUACCUCAACUGCAGAGACUUGACACAUACAGUGUAUCUGACAAACAAAUCAAGAACCUUGCAGAAUCUACAGUGGUUAAGAAAAUAAUGUAUUACAACAUGCGUGUGAAGAAUAUCCAAAGGCAACAAAGAGAAGAACUUGAAAAAGUGAGAGAAAGGACAUGCAAGGCAAAACUGAUUCCAGAGAAUCGAAUCAGAGCACUUAGUUUCAUAGUCAAAAAUUUAGAGCAUGAGCUGUCUCACAUGCAGUCAUCUGGCAACUUGCAACUUGAAAAUGUUCCCAUUGCCGAUGUGUUUCAUGAAAAUAACUCCGAUUCUGAAGAGUUAGACUCAUGGCCAUCCAGUGAAAGAAACAAGAAUAAUUCAGAUCGGCCGGAGCAGAUGUAUAAGAAAAUACGUGCACUUACAGAAAGGAUGAUAUUCUGGACAUGGAAAUUGUCUGAAGUAGAAAAACAUCAUGAGGAGAAGUGUAGAAGGAUGAAAGAAAGCUCUCAUCUGCUAGUCCAGUUUCUUCAGACUGAGCUUGAAACUGUUGGGAAUGUUCGCUUUGAAGAAGGCACUGCAGCAGAUUCAUGGUUUAAAUCUUGCUAUGAUUUGAUUGUUUCAAGGUUUUGUGCAAUGAACUUUAGAGCUUAUGGAAUUUCUGGCAUUAAAAUUCACAGAAUAAUCAGAGUACACAAUCGUAUGCUUAGACUAAAAUUUGAGGAGAAAGUGCAGAACUGCAUGGAUAACGAAGACCAGUAUAACACAGAGAGCUACAAGAAAAAACUGGAGUAUCUUUUUUACAUGUUUGACCCCAAGCUCCCUAUAGAUAAAAAGGAGCUUCUUUGUGUUCUUGAAAAUGGCUUCGAUAUCACCAAGUUGUCCCAGCUGCCUGAACAAGAACAAAGUGAGGCUGUUCUUCUUACCAACAGUAUGAGUUUGUGCGAGGGACCAAGAUUAGAGUUCUUACAAAAACAAGCAAUGGACAAGAACUGCAGUCCAGAGGCUUUUAAAGAUGGUAUACUUGUCAUUGCUAAAGUGUUCCUGGGACGAAGUGUACAAGCACGGGAUGAUCUUCCUAUCAAACCAAAUAACUACACAACAGCUAAUUCAGUGUAUAGACUACAGAAAUUUUCAAACAGCACCUUUCAUUCAUCAAAUGAUGAAAUCUGUUCUUCUAAGGAACAUGGGAACUGUGACUGCAGUCUACGACAGUGUGAGUGGUUUGUGUUUGAUCAUGAACUCAUUUUGCCUGAAUACGUCGUUGAGUUUGAAUACAUUUCCACGGAAAAUACGUCAGGGUUUGUACCAUCACCCAAUGAAAAUGCUGAAGAUAUAUCACAUGAUCUUAACCUGGAUGAAGCUGCUAUUAGUCUGGAGCCAGUAUUAAAGCCAAAACCCAAAAUUAUCAGCCUCGAUGAAAAGACAGUUCUGUCAGUGGCUAACGCUAAUAUUUACAGUCAGAUAGCGGUCCUAAAUUUACAUGGAAACAGUCUAAGUAAAUUGAAAGAUAUCUCAAGAUUGAAUGGACUUCGAAAACUCACUAUAAGUUUUAAUGAGUUUUCGAGCUUGGAAGAUGUUUCUUACCUGCCUAAUUUGGAAUACUUGGAUGCCAGCUUUAAUCAGGUGAUAACUCUGGAAGGAUUUAAAGGUUUAGGGAAGCUGAAAUACUUAGACUUAAGUUGGAACAAAUUGACUAAUAGCAGAGAAGAUUUUCACAUAUUACGUAAGCAUGCAGUACAGCUUUCAUCCCUGGACAUUCGAUACAAUCUCUGGCAAAAGCCAGCUUCAGUGCACAAGGCCGCAAUUGCAAUAUUGCCAUCACUGACUCAUUUGAAUGGUGACCUCAUAACAGAAGAUGAGCUUUCUGAGGCUUUGCAGAUUUCCUCUGGAUCCAGAAUUACACAGGCUUCACUACUGAUCAAUGCACGGACCGACGCUGUAAAACCACGCUGCCUAAAUUUAUUGCCAUCUGCUCAAAUCUUAGCUCAUUUUAGUAAGAAUUGUCUGGAUCCAAAUGCUGAACUGAGUAACAGUUGUUACACCAUGAUAACCUCCCUGACCUUCGACAGACAAAAUCUCUAUAGAAUCACCAACCUGGAAAAACUAAUAAACUUACGAUGGGCAUCUUUUAGCAACAACCAUUUGACAAAAAUCGAGGGAUUGGAACAUUGUGUCAACCUGGAAGAACUUAGCCUUGAUGAUAACGCUAUUACAAAACUAGAGGGGCUUUCAAAGCUGACUAAAUUAAGGAGGCUAAGUAUUAAUAACAAUCAACUUGCUGGCUUCGACAGACAUGUUAUUGAGAGCCUGUCACAUCUUCACUUCCUUUCUGCUGAGAACAAUAAUGUCAUCUCACUGACUGGUCUGCAGAGAGGUUACAAGCUAAUUGAACUUUACCUGAGCAAUAACUGCAUUGGCAGCAACCAAGAAAUCUACUGUCUGAAGGGUUUAAAUAAUUUAGUCAUUCUGGACAUGUGGGGCAAUCCAAUUUUAUUGAAACACGAGAACUACAGAUUAUUUGUUAUUUUCCAUCUUUCUGCCAUAAAAGCUUUGGAUGGUGUUGCAGUGGAAGCAUCAGAAAGUGACAAUGCUAAGGAUAUGUUUGGUGGAAGACUUACAUCUGAUAUGAUUGCAGAAAAAAUAGGCCAUCAGAGGUUCACUGAAUUGCAGGACUUAAACUGGAGAACUUCUUCUAUCAGAUCUAUUGAUCUUGUUCCAGCUGACCACUUUAGAAACGUGCAAACUGUGAAUCUCGAGAAUAAUAGCCUCACGUCAUUCAGUGGAUUAAUUUUCCUUCCAAAUAUUAAGAACUUAUAUCUUAAUCACAAUCACAUUGAAUCAAUUUUGCCCCAACAAAAGUCUCAAAGUCACUUAACUAACAGACAGAUCCUUCACCAGAAAGUCAGUUCCAGUGGUUAUGGACAACAGGGAAAUUCCAAGGGAAGCCGAGAUACAGUAUAUGGAGAAGCCCUAAGCCCAGUAAUGCAAAGUUUAGAAGUUCUUCAUUUGGGUUACAAUGGCAUCAGUAGUCUGCCCAUGCUUCAGCUAGGCAGGUUACGGAAUCUGAAAUCAUUGCAUUUACAAGGUAAUGAGAUUAGUCUCGUGGAAGGACUUGAAAAUCUACAGUUUCUCCGAGAGCUUGUGUUAGACCAUAACCGUAUUAAAGCUAUUACAGAGACUUCAUUUGUUAAACUAAAUUCUCUGGUCUCCCUUAAUCUGGAAGAAAAUAGACUCCGAGACCUAAAUAAUUUGCCUCCUCUUUUUAAGUUAAGAAAGCUACUUAUUGGUUCCAAUAAAAUCCAGGAAAUAUCAGAAAUAGAAAAACUUGAAGUUAUUCCAGCGCUUAUGGAACUUUCUAUUUCUGGAAAUCCAAUUUCCCGCAAGCCUUUCCUAAGAAAUCUGCUUGUCCUUCGUUUGCAAAAUCUGCAGAUACUAGAUGGCAUUCCAUUAACGGCAGAAGACCGAGCAAGAGCAGAGAUGUAUUUCAUGGAACAGCAGAUGGGUCAGCGACCCCCAUUUGAAACUGGAGAGAGUCAGAAGAAGAAGUCACCGUCUGUUCCAAAUGCUGUUAUGGAUCUGGGGAAUCCUGUUUCCACUAUGAUUGUGAGCAAGUCAUCCCCGCUACGUGUGACAAACCUCUCUCUGGCAGGAGGGGUCCACCACUCCCUUGGGGCUGACCUCCAUUUUAAUAAUGUCCAUGAAGACAUCUUUCAAAACGAAGCAAACAAGUAUAAGAAGCUAAAAAAUUACACUGUAAGUGUCGGACAUAAUCCACAGAACGCCCAAGAUAUUGCCUUAAGGCAGCUCAGAGGAGGAACGCAUUUUCCUGCAUCCUACUUAACUCAACAAAGUGGCCCAGCUCGCAGCCAACAAAAGCACCCAUUCAAUCAAGAAAAUGAGGGAAGGCUACUAGGUAAUGAGAAUGGAAGGCAGAAUCGCCCAUGAAGAUUAAAGCCUUUAUGAAGAUGUGAUUAUCGAAUCUUCCUGUUGGUCAUGAAGCAAAUGUUCACUUUCAAGACACACACAUCUACCUCAAAACGUUCAUCUAGCACUGCAUAUGCCCUCCUCCUUGCAUCCAGCUCCAUGACUUUGCACAUGUUAAUGUAUUAAACAUACUAGACACUGAUUUAUCCAAAUGUGAAUUUAGAGCUUAAUAAAUAAAAACCGUAUUUAUCGAAUGGUGAGUUAUAAAUUUCACCCAUUGAUUAAUAGAAUUCUAAAAAUCCCAUGGGAGUGAAUAGAGCGUGGGAGAGCUUUUAUUUAUCAAUCUCUAAACUCACAUUUUGAUAAAUCUGCCCCUAAGAGUCCUGAAUU